UUCAUUCCCAGCUUGCAGGAGCUGACAUAGGUAGCUAGCCCCUGAAGAGGUGGAUCAUGGCAAAGCGUAACGAGCUGUCUCUCUUGGUGCUCGUGGCCAUGGCCGUUGUCGUCUUCCUCUCCGUGCAGGUGAAGUCGGAGGUGGCUGCCGGCAGCUACACCACAGAGAUGCAGGAAGCUGUGAGGAAUGAAGUGAAGGCCUUCCCCGACCUCCGUCCCGGCCUUAUCCGGCUCUUGUUCCACGACUGCUUUGUCAAUGGUUGCGAUGGAUCCGUGCUGCUGGAGACCUCGCGCAUCAACGGCACCGAUGGGAAGACGGAGAUGACGUCGGCCUUCAACGGCGGCCUCCGUGGCUUAGAGGUGAUCCAGAACAUCAAGAAGAACCUCGGGACCAAAUACAACAUCACCUGCACCGACGCCGUCAUCUACGCGGCGCGCGAGGCGGUCUACCUGCUGAGCAAGGGCAAAAUCGCCUACAACGUCACCGGACCGGGCCGCAUGGACGGCGUCAUCUCCAGAUCAGAGGACCCGGCAAAAUUCCUUCCAACCCCCAGCUUCACCUUCGACCAGCUCAAAGAAAGCUUCCGGAACAAGAGCUUGAGCACGGACGAUGUCAUCGCCCUCUCCGGCGCGCACGCGAUAGGCGUCGCUCACAGAAUGUUCGUCGACGUCAAUACUCUUGAUACCCCCGUAUCGUACCAAAAGGCCGUCGCGGUCGAACUGAGUAAUGGUACGGACGUGAUCAAGAACAACGUCCGCGACUUCGGCGCGGCCUCCGGUUACAUGGACAACAACAAGGAGAGAAUGGAGGCGAAGGGCGUCCUGGACAACAGCUUCUACAACGCCAUCAGCCAGAAGAUGGCGCUUUUCCCAUCCGACAGGGUGCUGUGGGAGGGCGCCAAGGCCAAGGUGACCGGCUAUAAGGAUAAAGCCGACACGUGGUACAUAGAGUUCGGCAACUCCAUGGAAAAGCUCAGCAAGCUCCCCGCCACGAGCGACCCUUCCAAGAUCGAGAUCAGGGAGGUGUGCAGUAAGACCAACUAGAGGCGCCACGACUAGACGCUCCUCGCCAAAAUUUGGAACGAGACAAAACAUGCUCGCGUUUAUUCAUUAUAUAUUUAUUGAUUAUUAUUUAUA